GUUCCCAGGGAUUCUGGCUCUUCCUGCUUCCUUGCUGGCCCACCUUUGGGAAUGCCGAUUCCGAUAUCUGUUCACGAUUCUCCGGGGUGUCCUUUCAAGAUAUACAAGAUGUGAUGAAUAAGACACAGGACAUCAUAUCUCUCAAACUGAAGAUCUCCCACAUCGAGCAGGAGGUUUCUGCCCUCCGCAACAAUGUGCCGAGGGUUGUCUUCAACUCGCGAGUCUCCUUCGGAAGGAACCCCAGCUCGCUGAACACGCUGACCUAUGACAGUGUCCUGCUCAACGAGGGCCUAGGUUAUGAUCCCACCUUUGGCAUCUUCACAGCCCCCGUGGCGGGGGUCUACUCCUUCACCUUCUCGCUGCUGGGGAGGCGGGUCACAGUGGAGUCGCUCGUACAGCUCAUGAAGAACGGGGUGAUCCAGAGAUACAUCCAGAGCCGGCUGGGGCGGUCACAGCAGCAGACCUCCUCGGGCAGCACCACAAUGUGGCUUGGAGCAGGGGACACGGUGUGGGUGGAGCUCGCCCGGGGCAUUGCCUGGAGUGAGCUGGACUCCCUCAGCUUCCAGGCAUUCCUCCUGCAGAGGACCUGAGGCCCCCUUCCUCCUGGCUCAGGGUGGACAUGGAGGAAAGUGUGUCAGGAAUCAUUGUGGAGUUGUGAUAUUAUGGGUAGCAUAACUGAGGAUGAACU